AUGUUUGUUGGAAUAGAACUAAAUUUAUAUCAAGGUGUUUUUAAACCAUCCAGCAAGCGGCUUGAAAAUUUUGUGAUUCCGUAUAUAUCAUAUUGUUCAAUUGUGAAGAAUUUACGCAUUAUGUUGCUUCACAGGUCGUUCGCCUCAGUCUCGUACAUGCUAAGAGUUCCGACAUUUAGUUUAGUCACAUCGCAUCGUCACGAAUCAUUGUGUGGUCGAAAAAAAAUCAAUCAACACCAACAAGUUGAGUGA